CUCCCACAACAGUCUCUCUGAAGCCAGUCUUGAGAUCCUACAUCCGGGCAAGCAAGCUGUUCUAGAAGUUGCUAGCUUACAAAUGAUUUGAAGAAUGGAUUCUUUCUGAGACUCAUCAGGUCAUUUCCUGUCAAUGCAUACCUUGCUGUUUAUUUGGGAAUAAGAACCAUACCUUGUACAAACUGCCUUUAUCAAAUCUGGGAGUUUGAAAGAAUCAGGUGCUUAACCUUAGUUCAUCUUCUGAGCAAGAAAAAUGGGCUGUGAUCGAAACUGUGGGCUCAUUGCUGGGGCUGUCAUCGGCGCAAUUCUGGCUGUGUUUGGAGGUAUUUUAAUGCCAGUUGGAGACAUGCUUAUAGAGAAGACAAUUAAAAAGGAAGUUGUCCUUGAGGAAGGUACAAUUGCUUUUAAAAAUUGGGUUAAAACAGGCACAGAAGUUUACAGGCAGUUUUGGAUCUUCGAUGUGCAAAAUCCACAGGAAGUGAUCGUGAACAGCAGUAACAUUAAGGUUAAGCAAAGGGGUCCUUACACCUACAGAGUUCGUUAUCUAGCCAAGGAAAACAUUACCCACGACCCUGAGGACCACACAGUCUCUUUUGUACAGCCCAACGGUGCCAUAUUCGAACCUUCACUAUCAGUUGGAACAGAGGAUGACACUUUCACAGUUAUCAAUCUGGCUGUAGCAGCUGCACCCCACCUCUACCCAAAUGCAUUUGUUCAAGUGGUACUCAAUUCACUUAUCAAAAAGUCAAAAUCUUCUAUGUUUCAAACCAGAACUGUGAAAGAGCUGUUAUGGGGCUAUAAAGAUCCAUUUUUGAGUUUGGUUCCAUAUCCUGUUCCUACCACAGUUGGUGUGUUUUAUCCUUACAACAAUACUGUAGAUGGAGUUUAUAAAGUUUUCAGUGGAAAAGAUAACAUAAGCAAAGUUGCCAUAAUUGACACUUAUAAAGGCAAAAAGAAUCUAACCUACUGGACAAGUUAUUGUGACAUGAUUAAUGGUACAGAUGCAGCCUCAUUUCCACCUUUUGUCGAGAAGACCCGGAUCUUGCAGUUCUUUUCCUCUGACAUUUGCAGGUCAAUCUAUGCUGUAUUUGAGUCCGAAGUUAAUCUGAAAGGAAUCCCUGUGUAUAGAUUUGUUCUUCCAUCCAAGGCCUUUGCAUCUCCACUUCAAAACCCAGACAACCAUUGUUUCUGCACAGAAGAAAUUAUCUCAAAAAAUUGUACAUCAUACGGUGUGCUAUACAUCGGCAAAUGCAAAGAAGGAAAACCUGUGUACAUUUCACUUCCUCAUUUUCUACAUGCAAGUCCUGAUAUUCUAGAAACUACUGAAGGCUUAAAUCCAAAUGAAGAAGAACAUAGGACAUACUUGGAUGUUGAACCUAUAACUGGAUUCACUUUACAGUUCGCAAAACGGCUGCAGGUCAACAUAUUGGUCAAACCAGCAAAGAAAAUUGAAACAUUAAAGGGUCUGAAGAAGAACUACAUUGUGCCUGUACUUUGGCUUAAUGAGACUGGUACCAUUGGUGAUGAGAGGGCAGAAAUGUUCAGAAAUAAAGUGACUGGAAAAAUAAACCUUCUUGGACUGGUAGAAAUUAUCUUACUGAGUGUUGGUGUAUUAAUGUUUGUUGCUUUUAUGAUUUCAUACUGUGUAUGCAGAUCAAAACAAGUGAAAUAAGCAGCAAAUGAAUCCCUACCUUUAUGCACCAGCUACAUCAGGACCUUUGGUAAUGUUGAUUUACAAAAUGAAGAUACAACAUGCAUUAUUUUUACAAACACAUCUUAUUUUUGAGUCGAUGAAAUGGUGGCACUAAUUUUUUUUUUUGUACUUUGAACAAGAACCUGGCACAUUUUAAAAUUCAUCAUUUACACAGUUGAAUCAAUUUCAGUUCCAGUAGAACAGACUUAAGCACAAACCAAUUAUUUUGUUUUGCUUUUUGUUUGGUUUUUGUUCUGAUUCAUUCAUUGGUUCCCUGGUGGCAAAUUCAGCAGAGGAGUGGACAUUCUAAACAAAUCUUGGGCCCUGAACUUUUGUCUUCCUCAUCAAGGAAAGAACACGAUCACCCUAGGAGUAUCCUCAUUCAGUUGCGACAGUCCCACGACUGUCAGAACAUUGCAUUUCAUGAACACCAAAUAUUUUAAGACACUUAAGUAUGGAAAAACAAAACUAUUGGCUAUGAGCUAUUAUAUAUUACUAAAAUUUCUUUCUCUAUGAAAUUCUUUGUACAGAAACAGUAGGCAUCAUAAUCAUUUUCUGAUUUAUAAAACUAUGGGCUUAUAUUUUUUGUCACUGUUCAUGCAAAUGGACAUCAUUUUUAGCACAUUUUAGUUUUUAGUAUUUUAAGGACUUGGUCAUUUUCCAUGUUUUGAAGCUCUUCUGGAAAUCUGGGUAGAUUUUGGUCUUUCUACUCAGUAGCAACUUAUACUUGGCAACCUCAGAAUGCUGUUCUAGUAUUAAGAGAUGUAAAUGAUAAUAAAGGAAUUAGUGUGUGAAAUAUUAGAGAGAUUAGAAUGUGCAUUAACAGUUAUUUGUUCUAAUAUUUUUCUCACUUUCAUAGUCACCUCAAAAAGACUGGUUUCAGCCAUUAAAAAAUGUUCUUAAAUUCU